CCCCCGCCCCGUCCGUCGGUCUGUCGGUGCCGACCCCUGCAGGAGCCGCCGCCGCAGCCGCUCUUCCUCCAGCCGCCCGCCCGGGAGCCUCGGCUCCCCUCCCUCCCGUGGAGCCGCCGCCUCACAGCGAAGCCGCCCCCUCAGAGGAUGCGACACGGCACAGUGUAAUAUUGGAAGCAUCUGGACUGAAUGAACUUUAGUAUUAAAAGAAAAUUUCCAUCAAUAAUUCAGAAAAUUGUAAGUCAGCUGAAAAUGAAGCAAGUUCCAGAGAUCCUUGGAAAUACCAACGGGAAGACUCAGAAUUGUGAAGUCAAUCGGGAAUGUUCAGUGUUUCUCAGCAAAGCCCAGAUUUCUACUACCCUACCAGAGGGUGUCAUGCAAAAAUUUAAUGGCCAUGAAGCUCUACCAUUCAUUCCGGCUGACAAAUUGAAAGAUCUAACCUCUCGUGUCUUCAAUGGGGAGUCUGGUGCCCAAGAUGCCAAGCUGCGCUUUGAAUCCCAGGAAAUAAAGGGAAUUGGAACACCUCCUCACACUACUCCUAUCAAAAAUGGCUCUCCUGAGAUUAAACUGAAGAUCACCAAAACAUACAUGAAUGGAAAACCUCUCUUUGAAUCUUCUAUUUGUGGAGACAAUGGUGCAGAUGUGUCCCAGUCAGAAGAAAAUGAACAAAAACUAGAAAACAAGUCAAGAAGGAAUAGGAAAAGGAGCAUAAAGUAUGAUUCCUUACUUGAACAGGGCCUUGUUGAAGCAGCUUUGGUAUCUAAGGCUUCAAGUCCCUCCGAAAAAAAGAUUCUAGCUAAGAGGGAGUCAUAUCCAAACAUCAACAAAGAAAAAGAUCAUCUGUUGAAGUACAAUGUUGGAGAUUUGGUGUGGGCAAAAGUUUCAGGUUACCCUUGGUGGCCAUGUAUGGUUUCAGCAGAUCCUCUCCUUCACAGCUAUACCAAACUAAAAGGACAGAAAAAGAGUGCUCGCCAGUAUCAUGUACAGUUCUUUGGUGAUGCUCCAGAAAGAGCUUGGAUAUUUGAGAAGAGCCUUGUAUCAUUUGAAGGAGAAGAGCAAUUCGAAAAAUUGUGCCAGGAAAGUGCAAAACAGGCACCCACAAAAGCUGAGAAAAUCAAGCUAUUGAAACCUAUUUCAGGGAAAUUGAGGGCCCAAUGGGAAAUGGGUAUUAUUCAAGCAAAAGAAGCAGUGAGUAUGACAGUAGAAGAGCGGAAAGCCAAGUUUACCUUCGUCUAUGUUAGGGACCGACUUCACCUUAAUCCUCAAGUAGCUAAGGAAGCUGGUAUUGCUGUGGAUCCAUUAGAGGAAGUAGAUGAAUCUUCAGAUGUAAGUGAAGAAACCUCUCAAAUUCCAAAGCAUAAAGAAUUAGGCAUCCCCAUCAAGAGGAGGAGGAGAUCAAAAUUACCGACGUAUACAGAUAACCAGGAAAGUGAUUCAGGGACUAAAAAUAUUACUCCUCAAAGGGCAGCUGAACAGGCAGAUUCAAAAAGAGGAUUGGGUUCUCCUGUUGGUAGAAAGAAGGCUGCAGCAUCUACUCCACGAAGCAGAAAAGGAGAUUCAGGGUCUCAGUUUUUGGUCUUCUGUCAGAAGCACAGAGAUGAGGUAGUUGCUGAACAUCCAGAUGCUUCAUCUGAAGAGAUUGAAGAAUUGCUUGAAUCACAGUGGAAUAUUCUAAAUGAAAAGCAGAAAGCUCGUUAUAACACAAAAUUUGCCAUAGUGACCUCUCCCAAAUCUGAAGAAGACUCUGGUUCAUCGUUGAAGAAUAUUGGAGAGACCAAACGUAAAGUGUUUCAAGAUUCACCUAAAAGGAGAUCAAGAUCCAGAAGUAACUUACAUGGAAAAAAAAGAAACCAUACAAAGAGGACACAGCACCCUACAGAAGAUUUUGAAGUUCAGGAACCAGCUAGGAAAAGACUCAGGAUGGAUAAACACAAUAAUCGGAAGAGGGAGACAAGCAAUGACAAAACAGCCAAAACAAACUCUUCUAAGGUCACAGAAACCUCCUCCUCCCUAAAGAACCAGUCAGCAACGAAAAAUCUGUCCGAUGCAUGUAAACCACUGAAGAAGAGAAAUCGGGCUUCAGCAGCAGAAUCUUCAGCUCUUGCGUUUAGCAAAAGUUCAUCUCCUUCAACUUCCUUAACUGAGAAUGAGAUCUCAGAUGGUCAAGGAGAUGAACCUUCAGAGUCCCCAUAUGAAAGUGCAGAUGAGACUCAAACUGAAAUUUCUAUAUCUUCUAAAAAGUCUGAGCGAGGAACCACAGCUAAAAAGGAAUAUGUUUGUCAGCUUUGCGAGAAAUCUGGCAAUCUUCUACUUUGUGAAGGACCCUGUUAUGGAGCCUUUCAUUUGUCCUGCCUUGGGCUUUCUAGAAGACCAGAAGGAAAAUUCAUUUGCAGUGAAUGUACUUCAGGGAUUCACUCGUGUUUUGUUUGUAAGGAGAAAAAAACAGAAGUGAAACGCUGUGUUGUAUCCCAGUGUGGAAAAUUUUACCAUGAAGCGUGUGUGAAAAAAUACCACCUUACUGUAUUUGAGAGCCGAGGAUUUCGUUGUCCCCUCCACAGCUGUGUAAGCUGUCAUGUAACAAACCCUUCAAAUCCAAGAUCAUCAAAAGGUAAAAUGAUGCGAUGUGUUCGCUGUCCUGUUGCUUAUCACGGAGGAGAUGGCUGCUUGGCUGCAGGGUGUUCAGUGAUUGCUUCCAACAACAUUGUUUGCACUAAUCAUUUCACUGCUCGGAAAGGAAAAAGUCAUCAUGCCCAUGUGAAUGUGAGCUGGUGCUUUGUUUGCUCGAAAGGGGGAAGCCUGUUAUGCUGUGAGUCAUGUCCAGCAGCAUUCCAUCCAGACUGUUUGAAUAUUGAAAUGCCAGAUGGCAGUUGGUAUUGCAAUGACUGCAGAGCUGGAAAAAAGCUUCAUUUUCAAGACAUCAUUUGGGUCAAACUUGGAAACUACAGAUGGUGGCCUGCAGAAGUUUGCCAUCCAAAAAAUGUUCCUCCAAAUAUUCAGAAAAUGAAGCAUGAGAUUGGAGAGUUUCCUGUGUUUUUCUUUGGAUCUAAAGAUUAUUACUGGACACAUCAGGCACGAGUCUUUCCCUAUAUGGAAGGAGACCGCGGAAGCAGAUAUCAAGGAAUUAAAGGAAUUGGAAAAGUCUUCAAGAAUGCACUGCAGGAAGCUGAAGCUCGUUUUCGAGAAGUAAAGCUUCAGCGGGAAGCCAGAGAAACCCAGGAAAAUGAACGUAAACCUCCACCUUACAAACACAUUAAGGUGAAUAAACCUUGUGGAAAAGUUCAAAUAUAUACAGCUGAUAUUUCUGAAAUUCCCAAAUGCAACUGCAAGCCCACAGAUGAAAAUCCCUGUGGUUUCGACUCGGAGUGUUUAAAUCGGAUGUUAAUGUAUGAGUGCCACCCUCAAGUUUGUCCAGCAGGAGAGCAGUGCCAAAACCAGUGCUUUACCAAACGUCAGUACCCAGAGACAAAGAUCAUCAAAACUGAUGGCAAAGGCUGGGGCCUGGUUGCCAAGAGGGACAUUAAAAAGGGAGAGUUUGUGAAUGAGUAUGUUGGAGAAUUAAUUGAUGAAGAAGAAUGUAUGGCAAGAAUCAAGUAUGCACAUGAAAAUGACAUCACACAUUUCUAUAUGCUUACUAUUGAUAAGGACCGGAUAAUUGAUGCUGGUCCCAAAGGAAACUAUUCCCGAUUCAUGAAUCACAGCUGCCAGCCAAAUUGUGAGACUCUGAAAUGGACAGUAAAUGGAGACACUCGUGUGGGAUUGUUUGCUGUAUGUGAUAUUCCUGCAGGGACAGAAUUGACUUUUAAUUACAACCUUGAUUGUCUGGGCAAUGAAAAAACUGUCUGUCGAUGUGGUGCCUCUAACUGUAGUGGAUUCCUUGGUGAUAGACCAAAGAACUCAGCUGCUCUUUCUUCAGAGGAAAAGGGCAAAAAGACCAAGAAAAAAACAAGGAGACGUAGAACAAAAGGUGAAGGAAAGAAAGAAUCUGAAGAUGAUUGUUUCCGUUGUGGUGAUGGGGGUCAACUGGUACUGUGUGAUCGGAAAUGUUGUACUAAAGCUUAUCAUCUCUCCUGUCUGGAUUUGGUUAAACGACCUUUUGGGAAAUGGGAAUGCCCUUGGCAUCAUUGUGAUGUAUGCGGCAAACCAUCAGUUUCUUUUUGUCAUUUCUGCCCAAAUUCCUUUUGCAAGGACCACCAGGAUGGGACAGUCUUCAGCACCACAAAAGAUGGACGGUUAUGUUGUUCUGAACAUGAGUUUGGAGUGGAAUCUAUUAGAAACCCAAAGACUGAGAAACCCUUCCCAGAACCAACCAAGUUGAAGCCCAAAAGAAAGAAAAGAAGGUGUUGGAGGAGAAAAACAGAGUACAAAUAGUGACAGACUUCAGGGGUUUUGUGUGUUUGUGCGUGGUUUUUUUUUUGUUUGUUUGUUUUUUGUUUUUAACGGCCAACACUAUCUUGUAGAUACAAGGGUCUAUCUUGUGAAUAGGGUCAACGAAGGACACAGUUUUACAUAUCUAAUAAGUGUACAGGUUUCAUUUUGGGGGAGAGCAUUUUUAAAUCCACUGAGCCAUCUCUAGCAGUUUCUGCUGUAUCUGCACUGAUAAUGAAUUGUGAUAUACACAAUUCAGAAUUUUUCAGGACAAACAAAACUUAUUACACAACAUUACAGUUACACUUGAAUUUCUAAGAAUGUAAUGGUUCCCUCCUGAAUUUGGGGAUAAAAAAGGCAUGAUUGAAAAAAUUUGACGCCUAUUUUCCACUUCACCUGAAAGGUAUGUGAGGUGGAAAACCAUAUUUUCUAAAAGAAAACACUUUUAGUGUUUAACAAAAAUAGCUUGACCUUUGCUCAGUGUCUUUAUUCAGAAGAUACCACAGUGAUGUCUGUUUCAAAGGUUUUAACUUGGUUUCCUCUGAAACAGUGAGUUUGGUCAUCUUUCCUGCUUUUAUAAAAACAGCAAACUGUAAAACUUUUUUUGUUAAUGUGAAAUAUUUUCUCAGAAAUGUAUAUCCCUUUAUAAGGAGAGGAGCACCCUAGGAUAGUGAGGGGGGAAUUUUAGAGGAUUUUUUUCAUAUUCUUUUUUUUUCCUAUUUAUAGAUUACAACUAAAAUAUAAGGUAACACUUUAGUCUUCAGAGCUGUAAGAGUCUCAAACUUGGAACAACAACUUUUCCUAAAAUGGCCACUGUGGUGAAAAUCAUAUCACCUCUUACGGGCAUAUCUUUUGAAUGCACAGUCAUCUUGUCAUCAUUCUUCACCAUUUUGGGAAAACGCUUUAUAUGUUUUUUUAUUUGGUUUUUCUUUAAUGAUUUUUUUAUUUUGGCUUUUAAUCUCAAAAUAUAUAUUUGCUAAGCCUCAUUUCACAAAUUAUUACUAAUUGAAAUGUAUGUUUAUUGAUGAUAUCCUGAUUUUUCAUUACAAAAAAAUGUGAACUUGACUAUUAUAGGGACAUUAGACCUGCCAUGUGUAUGUUUCUAUUUAGGCUAAAAGGUGAAAUAAAUAAUUGAGGGAAAAAAUGAUUUUAUGUACUGUUUCCUGCCCCAUAGGUGUUUUGAUAUAAGGAUGGGCAGAGUUGCUAACAAAUUCUGACCUGUGCAAUCAUGAUCCAACCCAGAUGCCCCUAGUUUAUGCCCAUUUAAUGUUUUAUACGUACUAGCAUAGUUUGCCUUUAUAGUGCAGAUCUGUUAUGUAGCCCUUUUAAAAAAUGAAGCAUAGUCUAUCAUAAAAAUGUAUAUUUUUUCAAAACUAUUUUUUCAGGGUUUGAAAGAUUUAGAUUUUAGAAUUAUUGAUGAUUAAAGCUAUUUCCAUUACAUGCAAAUUUUGUGGGUCUUUUUUCAUUGAAUUGAUACUGGUCUAAAACAUGCCAUUAUCCAACAUUAUAAUAUGAAAGCAUUUGCAGGGGGGGAGGGGAAAACUGAAUAAUUGUUUUGCUUUGAUUGUGGAUCAAAAUUUAUAAACAAUGAGGGGAAGGCUAGCUUUACCCUCUUUCCUUUCUUUUCUCUGUUUCAAGUUAUGGUUCUUUAAGAUGGGACAAGUCUUACACUGAUUUCCAUUGUGAGAUUUUUUUUGUUUAUUUCUAUUUUUUCAACAAGUAAAAGAGCACCCAGCCAUGGUGUAAUAUUUCAGAGAUAAUAAGUUCCCUUUUUUUAAAGUUUUUUUUUUCCUGCUCUGAGAAUUCAUUCAGAUAUUUGGAAGUUUGAGGUAUAAACUCCAAACAGCUCACAGUUUAUUUCUUGUCCCUCUAUUCCCUCUCUCUCAUUCUAUCCAAGGUUAUUUGGUGUAAAAGAAGGGAAUUAGGGGUAUCACGGGGGAUAGCAAGGUGACUGAUUGGGAAAAGGUAAAGAAGAAAGUGAGCAUCUCUAACAACUUUUGUUUUUUUAAAGAAUAAAGGAAAUACUUGAGAAGCAGCUACUUUUAACAUCUCCCGAGAAUAAAAUUCAUCUUGAAAAGGAAUUUACGAAAACCCACUUUUGGUAAUGAUACUUAAGAAAAUUGACAAGUCAAGUGGAUUUUGAAAUUCAAUUGUACUGUAUUUUUUGCUUUAUUAGAUUGCUAUGUAUCACUGGUUAUAAGAAGCAGAAGAACAUUGUACCUAUCCAUUUUGUAACCAGGCAGGUUAACAUCAUUAGGCACCUCAUAGAUGACUUUAGCGUUUCUCUACAGAAACUGCCAAAUGUUUGAGAGGUACCCCAUGGACAGAUAGACCUGGUUAUCCUUUGUUGAUCGUAUUUGGCUUUUAUUAAAACUCUUUUUGUAGCAGGAGGGGAGGCCAUCAAAGUAUGCAUUACAUUUGCCCAAGCCCUGUAAAUAUUAACCUGCCUGGGGAUAUGUAGCGGCUCUUCAACAACUUUGUUGAGCACUGAAUGUUUAAGAAAAAACUGACUUCACUGUUGUUAACUGUGGUGCUGUUCCCUGACCUCACUGCUUCCACCCCCAACUAUAAUACAUAUAUGUGUCCCUAAAAGACAUUUUGGGGCACUUAGUCACUUAGUGGCAUUAACAUUCUACAUGUUUAUGUUGUUAAUUUCUAGAAAUUAUAUUCAUUAUGUGGAAAAUUGUUACCUAGAUGAUUUCCUUUUAGAAUUAGCCUCUUAGAAAUGUUUGAGGCAGAUGUAAAGGAUUUGUUCAUGAAAAUAAUAUGCACCUUAUCCCCUAGAACAGAAAAGAUGUUAUAAGGAAAAGGACCUUACCAUUUUUCUUCUCUGGAAUUUAAGCAUCAUGCAAAAUACUGUGUACCAAAAAAACAAAUGUGUCAAAUGAUAGAAUUAGCCAAGGCCUAUUAAUUUUGCAAAAUAAUAACCAAUUUUAAGAACUUUAAAAUGUAUUACUAUAGACCUGCCUACCUAUUGUGAAAGUGGUUGGCUAUUUUCUUAACAAAAUUUGGAUUGUUUUUAAUCAGUCAAAAUAUGCUAUUUCCUCCUAAUUGUUGGGCAAGCUUUGAAACAUUAUAGUAAAUAAACUGUUGGCAGUAUUUUUAACACUAAGAAGUACAUUCUGUUGGCCUCAUUUUAGUUUUUCCAAAUUAUUUUAUGAUCUAGGUUAGAAAGUUUCUAAAAAAGAAUGGUCCUUUUUUCUUUUUUACAGGUUUCCUUCUCAAAGUGAUCCUUUAAGAAAAAAUGAAUUUUCUACAUUGUAAUUUUCCACAUGUUUAUAUUUCAGAGUAAAGCGACAAACACUGACAAAACGAAAUUUUCUUUUUUGGAUAAAAGAACUAGUUAUAGCACAAGUUAGCUUUUUUAAGUUAAUAUUUCAAAGUUUUCACUUAAUUGGUUCUCAGAGAAUUUUGGGAACGUUUAUAGAGAUUUUGAUUAUGACCACCCCAAAAUCAGCUUCCAUCUUUUGGGUGCUUCUGUCUUUGAAUUUCUUAGAAGAAAAAAAAAGUUAGGAUAUUACUUUAAUCUUUUGGCACCAGAGAUUGACAAAGGGUCUGAAGUUAGAUUUUACAAAUAUGCAAAAGCUUACCCAACCAUCUUUAAUCAGACUUGUUUUAAAACCAGUCCUCUAUCAAGUAUCCAAUCCUAGUCCCAAAUAUAUGCCGUCUCAGGCCUUUGUAACUAAGAUAUAGAUGCUACUCUAGACUAUUGUACAGAUUACAACUCUUUAGUUAAUGAAUUCUCCAGUUGGGACAUAUAAUAUUUGUGGGAUAGUUGGGUCUCUUUAAACUUUUAAUAAAAUUGUCCAGUCCUCUAAACAGUUGAAUAUAAUAGAAUACAGUUGCAUUUUUUGCUUAUAUCCCAGUUACAUUAAAUGCUACUCUUUUCCUGGAUGUUUAUCUAUAAUUAAGGACUGCAUGCUCAGGUUUGAGUUUGUAGAAUUUUUUGAAGUAUUUACCCUGAUGAGCCCAAGGUAUACACAUUCCCCCAACUUGAGACUAUAUUAUUUUCAGGAAAUUAAAUGAAUGUUAAAUGCAAAAGACUUUGUAUCAGUUACCAAAUAUCUUCAUCCUAUGUGAAAUGAAACCUGCAUGGUACUAUAUGAAUGUUGGGAAAAAUAUAGUCAGAUUUUUGUACAACCCAUUUUGCUAAAUGGUGUAUUAAGUUCUACCCUGUUGAGAUGUGAAAUAAUGUUGUUAGAAACAACAAAAAAAGUUAUGUUUUUGUUUGUUUACCUCUAAACAAGUUCCAUUUACAGUAAUGUCAGGUAUUAGAAAGUUAUAUGAAUGUUGGAUGAUGGCCCCAAAUUUAAUUUGUUAGCCUAGGAAUAAAUAUUCCAUUUCGGGGACAUACUGAGAUGUAGAGUUUUUGAAUUGCCUAACAUUGGAGGGGGAGGGAGGGGAAUGGAAGAAUAGCUUUUAAAGGGGAAACUUGUGUUUGAGAAAAGUGUGUGAUUAUUUUUCUGUAUAAAAUGAAGAAGAGGUUUGUCUUUAACCUUCUUUUCUACAGAAGUCUGUUCAAUGUUUUUAAUUGUCUUUUGACUAUUUCUGUUACUUUUUAUUAGGACUCAAAUGCUACUGACUCAGUGUUUUUCAUCCCAAGGGUUCUGGUAUAAAUGACUAAACUAAAAGUGUUGUAAGGAAAAGUUUCCAAGGAAGUUUUGUCACUUGUCAGUCAGUGCUUUAAAAUCCAAAUUAAUUUGAGAGAGAAGCCUCAACCUAUACAGAAUGCCAGCAUUUACAAAGGCAGAUAUAAUUGGCCCUCUAAGAAGAAUCACUUUUGGGGACAAAAUUUAAAAGGCCUUUCUGUUGGGGCAAGGUGAAACUGAAUGAUGAAGGUCCCAGAAACUCCUCUAAUUGGUUAUGACUAUAGACUCAAUUCUCAGUUUCCAAACCAUGCUCCCUUUAUUUACCUUGUUUACUACAACCUAUGUGGCAAAAAUUAACCCCAUUUUGUAGCUUGGUGCAUGGCAUUGUCAAUGCUUGCAGAGUUCUGUAUCCCAGACGUGUUCUGCACAGGUUCCAUAGACUCAUAACAGUGCCAAUAAGUAUAACUUUUCUACUUGGGCUAUUACAUGUGGAUUACUGUUUUAUUUUGGAAAAAUGUAAUUUUAUAGUCAAUUUGGUUCAAGAAGUACUCAUUAAAGGUGAAAUGUUCACAUA